UCUCAUCUGGCUGAGAGAGGGAUUUUAACUUUCUCUUCUGCCCUUGCUCCCUUUAUUUCCCCUCCCAUCCACUCAGCCUGCACGCUUUUCUCCCCCCACUUCUCUCUGACGCUCCACGACACUUUCUCUGGCUUCCCACUUGACUGUGUGAGCCAAGGGAAGGCAGCACUGUCCUGGGACACUAGAACUAUUCUGUCUCCUUUCCCUCUUGCCUGGCAGGCUCAUUCUGCAGCAUGCAGCAGGACACUUUGCUCCCAUCUGUAUACUGAGGAUGGGGCCUAAUUUGCUUGCCUUGGCUAAUGAGCUUAGUCAGUGCUGAGCAGCUUUUAGCCUUGCAGGUUUGUUGUAGUGGCCGCUGGCUAAGGCUCAGUGGUUAUUGGGAGGAACCAGAGCGGAGGAGUGGACCGGAGAAGGGGGCAGAGCUGCAGCCACAGCUUCACCACUCUCCUGCUUGCCUACCAGGACCACCUCUACUUGUGCCGACACUGCGGCUGGGACGUCUCUUUCUCACUCCCUUCCUCUCUCCCUCCCUCCUCUGCCUCACUACCUGACUCCCUCCUCUCUCUCUGUCCUGAAGCAGUGACACAGUGUCUUUGUAGCUGCACCACCUUUUAAGCAGCUGCCCCUCUUUCUAGCCUCUUUUCAUCUCUUUUUCUUUCUUUUCUUUCUCACCCUCUUCCCCCUCACGCUGUUGCCAAAAUGUAUCGGAACCCGUGGAUCUCGAAUUACCUGACUCAUGUCAAGUUUUGCAGCCAAGGACUUGGGAGUGAGUCCCCUAUAAAACUAAGGAAUCCCAGGUUGCUACAGAAGAGAGCUUUGAGCUUUCAGAAAGAAUUCUCCUUUGACGAAAAAGACGACCCUGCCAAAAUCACCAAGGAUAUAGAUGUUAGUCUCUUGGCCAAUCUCCCCAAAGUCUCUGAAUUGAGAAAACGAUUUGAAGGCAUUACCACAAGCUCAAGUGACUGGGACAUGAACAGAAAGGAGCGUAUUGCUCGGCGGUUGGAGGGCAUAGAGGGUGAGGUCAAUCCGUCGCUGCUGCCUAGUUUGGUGGCCAACCGGCUUUUAGAGGAGGAUACACCAAGAUACACCAGGGCCAAUGACCCCUUUGAACCCUGUGGUGUUACAGUUCAGCGAUAUGGCGUGGAGGGAUUUGAAAGUCCAGAGAUGCAGCCGACGGCUCCGGAGCGACAGUCCAGAGCGCGAUGUCGGCCUGACCCUCAGUCCUCCAUCCAAACAGAGCCAAUCUUCAGUUCAGGCUCCACCACCAGUGGUCCCGAGCUGGAGUCCAAGGCUGAACGCAUCGCCCGUUACAAGGCGGAACGGCGUCGGCAACUGGCUGAGCGCUACGGUAUCUCCCUGGAUCAGGAGCCCGACUUGGACUAUCCCUCCCGCCACACACGCACCCGGAAGGAGUCAGAAGGCUCGGAUAGGAGAAACCGAGGGGAGUGUGAGGGGGAAGAGGGGAGAGAUAUCACCCUGACCUCCUACACCGGCACGUCUGCCACCAGCCCGAGGUCUGGACGCACAGCGCCACACCACAGCCACGCUGAGCCGAGCUAUGAGGUGGGUCGAACCAGGGUGGACUCUUUCUCAGAGAGGGAGAGGCUGAUGAACCUGGAGAAUCAACGGAGGGCUCCUCCUCCUGAGCCUCCAUCCUCCUCAUACAUGGAUGUGACACCAUUAUCCUCAGCUACCAGGGUGCCCCCCAGGGACAAUGCAGUCACAGGAAUGCCACCCAAUUCACCCAAGCUGAGCAGGCACCCUUCCCUCUCCUCACCUAAACAUGGUGCAUCUCCUGGAGACCUGUUCAUUGAGCAGCAGGCCCACAACAUCCUCAGCAGACAGGGGUCCUGUGUAAGUUCAGAUCUUCCUUCCUCUGAAGCUGAUGAAGAGAAACUCGAUGAAAGAGCCAAGCUGAGCGUAGCGGCCAAACGCACUCUAUUCAGGGAACUGGAGAAGAGCAUUGAUGGCGGAGCUCCUAAGCCUCGAUCCAGGAAUGCUGCUGUGGACAGGAGACUGAGACGGACACAAGACCGAUCCAGAACUCAGCCCGUCACCACUGAGGAAGUCGUCAUUGCUGCAACCCUGCAGGCGUCCUCACAGCAGAGCACCACUGCCCACGAGCAGGCAAGGGAGGCGCGGCUGGUGCAGGAGACAAAGGAGGCCUGUGUGUCCAAGCCGGUGUCCACGAUGGAGGGUAAAGCCCACAGUCACGGUCAAGAGGAGCCCGACCUCUGCACCCUCAGCCUGGCAGAAAAGAUGGCACUGUUCAACCGGCUGGCUCAGCCUCCGUCCAGGGUUACCCGCACCAGAGGGGACACGCGCCAGCGCAGGGCCAACACUCGCUACCAGACGCAACCCAUCACGCUGGGAGAUAUGGAGCAGCUUCAGAAUGGUACAGGCUCUCGGUCAGAUCACCUCCGCUCCUCAUCGCCCUCCUCUGCCCUGAGGGCAGGAAGCACCGUCUCAACAGACCACGCCGGAGACAUCCACAUAACCAGAGCUCCAGACCGACUGGAAAACCUCCCAUCCAGCUCCGACAGGUCUCUGCCCCCUCACCAGGCGGACGGCCCGGCCCUGCGCCCCCAGGACUCCGGGGACCACCUGAAGCACAGGAACCUGCCCCAGGGAGAAGUCCGGGUAGAUCUGGGAGGAGGGAAAAGGAAGCUGCCCUCUCCCGAGCGAGCGGUCAGGCAGUUGGCUCUGCCCCAGCCUGGAAGGGAGAGGAGGAGGGAGGAAGAGGAGGAGGAGGAGGAGGAGGUGGAGCAGCAGCGGCUGACCAGAGCGAGGGCAGAGGGCGCUGUGCAGAGCCCAGAGAGCCACAUGCUACUGGAGAGGCAGGAGCAGAGGGGGUAUCUGAGGGAGGACAGACACUACCCCAUACCCCGGACCGUCAGUGAAGAUAGGCUGGAGUCGACUGUGCUAACAUCCAGAGCAGCAACAGAUUCCGUCAGGACUGCGUGUCAGCCUCCAGCCGCAGAUACACAGAACGACGACAUCGAGUUUCUGUCCGAGCACGGGGACGAACUGAGCGACGCGAUGUCCGCCAGACAAAUGUCCAUCAGAGAGAGAGUGGCCUUGUUGAAGAAGAGCGGCGAAGAUGACUGGAGGAACAGAAUCAAUAGGAAGCAGGAUUUGGCGAAGGUGGCCGUGGACGAGCAGCAGGCUCAGCUCUGGGAGGUGGAGCAGAGCUUCAAGAAGAAGGACGAUGAAGCGCUGAUGAUGAUCGAUGAUCUUGCUGUGUCCGACCAGCUGUGGGCCCCCAGUUCUCCCAGACCCAUGCAGGUGGAUGAGAGACACCCCUGGAGACGGAAGAGAAUAGCCGAGGCUGAGAUGGAGUGCCAGAGCAUCGAGUCCCACAUGUCUAUCCAUGAGAGGAAACAGCUGAUUGUGGCCCAAGAGGAGGCCUGGAAGAGCAAAGGCCAUGGAGCGGCCAAUGACUCCACCCAGUUCACCGUGGCUGCACGCAUGGUGAAGAAAGGGUUGGCCUCCCCCUCCGCCCUCCAGUCUCCAACGACGUCCAGACCUAAGAACGGCAGCCCUGCCAUCUCCAAACCACAGGAAGAGAUCAAGGCCGUACCCGAUCUUAACCUGGAGUCGGACAGGAAGCUGGAUAAUCUGGAGUCAUUCCUGGGCAAGCUCAAUAGUAAAGUGUGUGGCCUGCCAGAAGCUACCAUCUCAGUGACACAGAAGAAGGUGAAGGAAGUGAUGACCCUCGAGGAUGAAACAUUCUCCAAGUUCUACCGCCAUGUGCAGGAGCUCCCCUCCGUCACCAACAAGGUGGAGAUAGACGACGACUUUGAUGCCAUCUUUGGUCCGCAGGUGCCAAAGCUGACCUCGGAGAUGGAGCAGCACAAGCGAGCGGUGCGCCCGACGCGUAACGUCCAGUCGUCCAGGAACCCUCUGAAGAUGCUGGCUGCCCGGGAGGACAUCCGACACGAGUACACGGAGCAGAGGCUCAACGUGGGCCUGCUGGAGAGCAAGAGGAUGAAGGCUGAGAAGAUGAAUAAAAACUCCGGUUUCUCUGAGGUGGCUCUGGCUGGUCUCGCCAGCAAGGAGAACUUCAGCAACGUCAACCUGCGCAGUGUCAGCAUCUCCGAGCAGAUGUCCAACAACAGUGCUGUGCCUUACAAGAAGCUCAUGCUGCUGCAGGUCAAAGGCCGAAGACACGUCCAGACCCGACUGGUGGAGCCCAGAGCGUCCUCCCUGAACAGCGGCGACUGUUUCCUGCUCAUCACGCCGCACCACUGCUUCAUCUGGACCGGAGAGUUUGCCAACGUCAUCGAGAGGAACAAGGCUGCAGAAUUGGCCAACUUCAUCCAGAGCAAGAGAGAUUUGGGUUGUCGUGCCAACCACGUGCAGUUCAUCGAGGAGGCGCUCAACACUCAGAGCCACACCGCCAAGGAGUUCUGGAAGAUUCUGGGAGGACAGUCGACUUAUCAGUCUGCAGGAACACCAGAUGAAGAUGAGUUGUACGAGGGCGCCAUCGUGGAGACAAACUGCAUUUACCGCCUGAUGGACGACAAACUGGUCCCAGACGAUGACUUUUGGGCCAAGAUGCCUCGAUGUUCCCUGCUCGAACCCAAAGAGGUUUUGGUGUUUGACUUUGGCAGUGAGAUGUACAUAUGGCACGGGAAGGAAGUGACGCUUGCACAGAGGAAGGUGGCGUUCCAAUUGGCCAAGCACCUGUGGAACGGCACCUUUGACUUCACCAACUGUGACAUCAACCCGCUGGACCCAGGAGAGUGCAACCCACUCAUACCCAAGAAAGGUCAGGGUCGACCUGACUGGGCAGUGUUCGGCAGACUGACUCAACACAAUGAAACCACUCUGUUCAAAGAAAAGUUUGUGGACUGGAGCGACUCCAGGAAAACACCCAGCCCCACAAGAAACACCAACAACCACGUCACUGAUCAGAAGGAGCCGUCAGUGGCCGAUCAUCGCCACGCGUAUGACGCCUCCCUGAUGCUGCACCCCCACGAGGCACCGGUCUGCUCCAAACUGGAUGGCUUCAAUGUGGGCCGGGGUUACGGCCUGGUGGAGGCAGAGGACUGGCGGAGCUACAAGAUCAGCACUCAAGCGGUGGAGGUGUGGCACAUCCUGGAGUUCGACUACAGCCGUCAGCCGCACCAGAGCAUCGGGCAGUUCCACGAGGGCGACACCUACGUGGUGAAGUGGAAGUACAUGGUCAGCGCUGCAGUUGGGAAGAGACAGAACCCAGAUCAGGUAAAGACAGCAGGGCCGGGGAAAGAGAAGUGCUGCUACUUCUUCUGGCAGGGCCGCAACUCCACCGUCAGCGAGAAAGGAACAUCAGCACUGAUGACUGUGGAGCUGGAUGAAGAGCGAGGAGCACAGGUUCAAGUCCAGCAGGGGAAGGAGCCUCCAUGUUUCCUGCAGUGUUUUAAAGGAGGGAUGGUCGUUCACUCAGGGAAGAGAGAAGAGGAGGAGGAAAACUCACAGAAUGACUGGCGUCUCUAUUGCGUGCGGGGAGAGGUGGAGGUGGAGGGCCACCUGCUGGAGGUGGCCUGUCACUGCAGCAGCCUGCGCUCCAGAGUCUCAAUGGUGAUGCUGAGCGUCAGCCAAGCCGUCAUCUACCUGUGGCACGGCUGCAAGUCUCAGACACACACACGGGAGGUGGCGCGCACCGCCGCCAACAGAAUCAAAGAACAUUGUCCCCUGGAGGCAGGCCUCCACAGCAGCAGCAAGGUGAGCAUCAGGGAGUGUGACGAGGGAGCAGAACCCACAGGAUUCUGGGAAGCCCUCAGGAGGAGGGACAGGAAAGCGUACGACUGCAUGCUGCAAGACCCUGGCAGGUUUAACUUCACUCCGCGUCUCUACCAGUUGAGCAGCAGCUCAGGGGAGUUUGCAGCCGUGGAGUUCCUCUACCCAGCCAGAGACCCCAAACAGGUCAACUCGAUGCCCUUCCUACAGGAGGACCUUUAUGCAGCUUCCCAGCCAGCCCUGUUCCUGGUGGACAACCACCACGAGGUGUAUCUGUGGCAGGGCUGGUGGCCUCAGGACAGUGAAAGCACCGGCUCAGCCCAGAUCCGCUGGGACUCAGACAGGAAGUGUGCCAUGGAGACUGUGCUGCAGUACUCCAGAGAAAAGAAUGAGAAGAAGCCUCCCAAAGCGUAUCUGAUCCACGCUGGUCUGGAGCCGCUCACCUUCACCAACAUGUUCCCCAGCUGGGAGCACAGAGAGGACAUCGCUGAGAUCACUGAGAGGGAGGCAGAGGUGUGUAACCAGAUCAUCCUGGUGGAGGACGUGUUGGCCAGGCUGUGUAAAACCACCUACCCACUGGCAGACAUUCUGGCCCGGCCGCUGCCUGAGGGGGUCGACCCUCUUCGGCUGGAGGUCUACCUGUCGGAGGAGGACUUUGAGAAAGGCUUGGAGAUGACCAGAGAGGAUUAUGGGAGUUUGCCCGUCUGGAAACAGGUGAAAUUGAAGAAAGCCAAAGGACUUUUCUAGAUCGCUGAAACAGAGGAGGCGACCUGAAGACGUCACAAAAAAGAUGUCGUUUCGUCUCUUUUAUUUGUUUACGUCUGCGCACAACCGAGUCUUGGGGGGGGUUUGAAAGCCGUGCAGCAGAUUUCCUCUAAUCUGCUUCUUGUGUUGUUUAUUUCGUUUGUCAAAUGUAGGCAGAUGCACGUAUGAGUGAAUGUGUCGAUAGAUAUUGUUUAGAUGUAUUCUUUGUUAAUGUUUGUACAUAUGUACAAAACGCAGGACAACCAGUGCCCUUACAUUAUCAGCAAUGCAGCCAUGUGCUGGAGUGGGAGCAGGUCUGUCAGCCUGUUCAACACACUUCACAUCCUCCUCUGUAUGUAUGUUAAUGCAUUACAAAUAAUUUAUAUUUAUAUCAAAUCUAUAAAGGAUUUUUAAAGCCUUCAUGAAUAUUUACUGAACUAAAGUGAUAAAGUGUAUAAUGAACGUGUUGGGGGAGGUUUGUGUCAUAUGUUAAUAAAUACUGGAUAUUAGAGAAACUUGCUGUACAGUUCACCGUUUGCCAUUUACAGAUCAAAUGAUGCCGCUUUAUCUGGAUGCAUUUAGUGUCAUUGUUGUCUCACUUAUAGUAAAAAGGAUACAGGCUUGAUUUAAGGAAGAGGGUGAUAUUUGAUUUUAAAGUCCCACAGUGUAUAGUGCCUUGCUUUGUGUACAGUUUAUAUACAGGUCAUAGUCUGCAUUUUGAAGACUCUUUGUGAUAUAAAGAUCUAUUAGAGAAAUAAACCCUGAAAGUUGGAUAUGUGAAAA